GCGAUCCAGCCCAACUCUCUCUCUCUCUCUCUCUCUCUCUCUCUCUCUCUCUCUCUCUCUCUCUCUCUCUCUCUCUCUCUCUCUCUCUCUCUCUCUCUGUGUGUGUGUGUGUGUGUGCGAGCCUAUGUUUUCUUGAGACCGUGCUGAAAAAGAUGUGUUCAACCUGUCCACUGCUGUUCACCCCUUACACACUGUGGACUCAAUGUAUGAGAGUGCAGACUACACAAAUGUCAAACUAUCUUCUCCUGGAAAUUUGCACAAGUGCCUGCCUAUAUAGCCGUGCCCGAUCGUGCGGCCGCAGAUUUCCAACGAUCCUAGAAGAAACCACGUGGCAACAACACCCACUCCGUUUUGUCCUUCUGCGCACAAGACUAAAGACUAGUCCAUGAGCUUGCGGAAUAGUCCAUGAGCUUGCGGAAGAUUGAUGGGAUGACACUCUUGGCUAUCGGGCUUGGGCUUCUCUCCAAGAUGACAAUAUGAUGAUCACGAUGAUCGAUGAUCGCGACCUUGAUCGCGAUAACGAUAACGAUGACGAUGAUGAGGAUGAUGAGGAUGAUGAGGAUGAUGAGGAGGAGGAGGAGGAGGAUUGCUAUACUGAAGAUGAGGACAAGGAUUCAAAGACUACAGCAUUGGGGGAGAGGAAAUGGGACGCUGGAACUGGCUAUGGCCACGAAAUUUAUGGACAUGUGGAGGAUUUCCAUCAUCACGUCAUGGAUCUUUCACUAACGACGGGGGGAACUGACACUUCGGCGCAUCGCUCGAUGGGUAGCUAGCAGUAUAGGGAAACGGAAGUGGCGGAGGGCGGUUGGUGGUGUGGACGAGCGAUCGAGUUCCGUGUGGAAGAAGAAGGGUUCAUUCAGUGAACAAGGAGAUUAUGAACGAAGAAGAGCUAACCACCUACCCUACAAAUUACCACCAUAGACUUCGCACCUCUACAUCAUAAAGCAGAACCUUGUGAGCACGUGCAUCUGAGUUCAGUGGUGUUGUUGACCUUUCUCCUCAGUCCCACGCCGAUCACACUGUUCGUCUAAACUGCUCUCGGAUCACAGUAAAAGCAUGCUCGGAAG